CGUCACUGUAUUCUCUAGUUUCACGAACACAUAAAGGAAAGAAAGUAUCAAAACUAGACCAACUAAAUUAUCCAAAUUUUCAACCAAAAAAAAUAAAAAUCUUGACAUCCAAUAUUUUCCUUUUUUUUCUUUAGUUUUUCCUUAUUUUAGAACCCUCGGCUUCUAUAUAAACACAUGUAUAUGGAACUAUUUUUUCACCAAACAAACUCAUUACUUCUCCAUAAAUCUCUAUCAAACCUGUUUCUCUCUAUUCAAAAAGUCAAGAACCAAACAACACCAAUGAUGCCUUCGAUCAAUAGCAAAUCUUUCUUCACUUCUCUCAUGAUUCUUGUGGCAAUUUUUGGAGUUGGAGUAAAAGGAACGGUUCACAAAGUCGGCGACUCGAGCGGAUGGACCAUGAUGGGUGUGGAUUACCAAGCUUGGGCUUCUUCAAGAACUUUUCAAGUAGGAGACUCACUGGUCUUCGAAUACAACAACGAGUUCCACGACGUCACUGAAGUCACUCCCCAUGAUUUCGAGCUAUGCUACUCGUCUAAUCCGUUAGCGAGGUACCAAACUGGAUCAGACACGGUAACUCUAACCAAACCAGGAUUUCAACACUUCAUAUGCGGAGUUCCUGGUCACUGCGACAUAGGACAAAAGCUUGGCAUCCUCGUCUUCCCGGCCUCGUUAAGUCCAGUGGCUGCUCCAGUUCCGGGACCAGUCAGAUCACCAAGCUCUUCUAUGUCUCCUUCACCUUCUCCCUUGGCUACUUUACCAACCAAUGCUCCACAAUAUCAGAUGGGACCAUCACCUCUUUGAAGCACUGUUUCUUUUUCAGCUUGUUGGCUUUAAUCUUUUGUUAUAGCAAUCUUGUUGAUACCUUUUAUUGCAAUGAAUUUGGUUUGCUUUCUUGUAAUUCCUUUUCUUCCAGCCGAUUUGUUAAUACAACUCGAUUUUUUUAAAAGAAUAUAAGAGUUUCGUAUGAAUCAUCAUUUAUUACAAGGUAGCGCUUUUGUUUUUUUUUCAAAUUUUGUUAAAGAAAAGAAAACCUAAGAAAUACUAUUAUCUAAAAAGUAUCAGGAUAGAGUGUUUUGGUUCAUCAAAUUUAUAAAAGUGGUGUGUUGCCAUUUAAAUUACAUAUUUAUAAGAUAAACUUGUUCAUGACUCGAACAAGUACGGAAUAAUAAGUGAGCACUUGAUCUAUAUAUUGGACCCAAAAACCAGUUUUAUUAGAUCAUUUAAAAUAAAAGUGCACUUGUCCAAGAAAAUAAAAAUAACAAAAUGUGAUUUCCUUUCUUUUUUACUAAUAUAAAAGUAAACAACUAAAAAUAUUGGUGAAAAUCCAAAAUCAUUGCACUUGUUUAAUAAUCUUGAAUAUCUUAUGGUAUUUUUCCUUGUUCUAAAACUCGGCCGUCCAGCCGAUUUAGCAGCCGAGAAAUCGCUAUAGGUUGAGCAACCGUGGCGAAUUGGAACUAUGCGCUCAGAAAAUCAGGUUUAAAAAAAAACUACAUUUUUUCCUUAUUUGAACCUGUAGAUCUAAUAAUAUACUUUAUGUUUGUGAAGUUUUGGCAAAAAUAACAGAAAAACAAAGAAAAUUGCUAUAAAACUCGUCAAAAUCUGAUAGCGGCCGCAUUUUUAGAGUUGCAGAACCAGAAACCUAAGAGGAAGAUCAUACGUAAAUGACGGUUUUACCCUUCAUUAAAAAAAACCCUAAAAAAUCACUUAAAAUGCACUCAUUGGUACUCGAAAUCGGAUUGCUUAGUUAAGGUAAAGAUAUUUUACCACUGCACCUCACUAUCAUUACAUGUUAAAAAUAUAUGAUAUAUAACCUAAAACAAAUCGCCGAGUAAUUCCCGAUUAAUCCUAUACCGAGUUUCCGAACGGGAGUA